AUGGCGUCCCUACUCCGACGACCAGGCAGCCUUGCUCAAUACUCGAGGAGAGCCGUAGACUACAUCUACCGCGCAGGACCACGUUCCGCGUAUAUUCCCCAAUCAAGACUUUCAUCUUUAAUCACAGCGCAUCAUGGCAGGACGUAUGCUACGAAGCCCCCGCGCGACCCGAAGAGCCCCAGGAAGAAUGAGGAUGAUCAACGACUGUCAAAUGAACCCACCGGGCCCGAAAACAAUCGCGAAAAGCCGGAGGUAGAGAAUAAACCCGAAGAGUCGAAGAACAAGUUGAGUGCAGAGGAGCAGGAAGUGGUGGAUGAGUGUAUAAGAAAGAUGAAGGCGAGAGCGCCACCUUCACAGCAUGCGCAACUUGAUGGUAUACGCGAGAUUAUAGAAAGAGAGGGAUUACCGCCGAAAAUGCGAGAAUUUAUGGAACGCCUAGUGAAGUCUGGCAAGGACAUCACUUUGAUGGAUUAUGUGAACUUGACACGGCACAUGAUAAGGCAUAUGGAUGGUGCCUAUGAACAGCUACGUGCGAUGAGGGAGAAGGUGUGGGGGCGAGGGUACGAAGGAGAACAGAGUCAAUCACGGCAGGAAGAGCCAAAAAAAGAAAAGGAACAGCAGAAGCAGCAGCAUGAUCAGAAAGGAAGAGACUGGAACAAGCCGCCCAACCUUAACAUUAGGGAGAUUCGCUUCGAUCCCGCCGUGUUCCUGAUCACCUCUGUCCUUACGUAUUAUACCUAUCGCAGCAUCUUCCCCGGUGAAAGCAACAAGGAGAUUACAUGGCAGGAAUUCAGAGCGAACUACUUCGACAAGGGUCUCGUCCAGAAGUUGACUGUCGUUAAUGACAGUCGUGUUCGGGUUGAGAUGAAUCGCGAAGCAUUGGCUCGGGUCUAUCCGGACUCUCCCGCUGCUAACCCAUUCUUCAAUUACUACUUCAGCAUCGGCUCUGUAGAAAGCUUCGAGCGCCGACUGGAUCAGGCACAGGAUGAGUUGGGAAUCCCCAGCGUCGAACGUAUACCCGUCUCAUAUGUCCAGGAAUUAUCGUGGGGCGCCACGCUGCUGAGCUUUGCUCCGACUCUGAUCUUGAUUGGUUCGAUCUUCUGGCUGACGAGACGUGCUGGGGGCGGUACAGGUGGCCAGGGUGGACUUUUCGGUAUUGGAAAGAGCCGCGCUAAGCGCUUCAACCAUGAGACAGAUGUCAAGAUCAAAUUCUCUGAUGUGGCUGGAAUGGACGAGGCAAAGGUUGAGAUCAUGGAAUUUGUCAGCUUCCUUCAGCACCCAGAAAAGUUCCAGAAACUCGGAGCUAAGAUCCCUCGGGGUGCUAUUCUUUCCGGUCCCCCUGGUACAGGUAAGACGUUGCUGGCUAAGGCCACUGCCGGCGAAUCAGGUGUACCCUUCUUCAGCGUCAGCGGUUCUGAAUUUGUGGAGAUGUUUGUUGGUGUCGGUCCUUCUCGAGUCCGUGAUCUGUUCGCCAAUGCACGAAAGAGCACGCCUUGCAUCAUUUUCAUUGAUGAAAUCGAUGCCAUCGGUAAAUCCAGAGCGAAGCAGGGCUUUGGCGGUGGGAAUGAUGAGCGUGAGAGCACCUUGAAUCAAAUCCUGACCGAGAUGGAUGGGUUCAACACAUCAGAGCAAGUUGUCGUCUUGGCCGGUACCAACCGACCCGACGUUCUCGACAAGGCCCUGAUGCGACCCGGACGAUUCGACCGCCACAUUACCAUCGACAGGCCUACAAUGGAUGGUCGACAGCAGAUUUUCCGCGUCCAUUUGAAGAAGAUUGUCACCGAUGAAGACAUGAAUUUCCUCACUGGUCGACUUGCAGCUUUGACCCCCGGGUUUGCCGGUGCUGAUAUAGCAAACUGUGUUAACGAAGCAGCACUAGUUGCGGCUCGAGGAAACGCGGACCGGGUUACCAUGAAGCAUUUUGAGCAGGCAAUUGAACGUGUCAUCGGCGGCUUGGAGAAGAAGUCUCUGGUGCUUUCUCCCGAAGAAAAACGCACCGUUGCUUACCAUGAAGCUGGACAUGCUGUUUGUGGAUGGUACUUCCGCUGGGCCGACCCUCUCCUCAAGGUUUCUAUCAUCCCUCGUGGCCAGGGUGCCUUAGGUUACGCCCAGUACCUGCCGGCAAAUGGAGAUACAUACCUGAUGAAUGUCAACCAACUGAUGGACCGCAUGGCUAUGACCCUUGGUGGUCGCGUCAGCGAAGAGUUACAUUUUGAUACUGUUACAAGUGGAGCUAGCGAUGAUUUCAACAAAGUCACACGGAUGGCUACCUCGAUGGUGACGAAAUUCGGCAUGUCGCCCAAGCUAAGAUACAUUUACUACGAGGAAGAUCCGCAGCAGCUGCACAAACCGUUCUCUGAAGAGACCGCCAGGGAUAUCGACACUGAAGUUCGCAGGAUCGUUAGCGAAGCCUACGACCAGUGCCGUACUCUGCUCAUGGAAAAGAAGAAAGAAAUUGGUAUUGUUGCAGAGGAGCUUCUUUCUAAAGAGGUCCUUGGCCGCGAUGACAUGAUUCGGCUCUUGGGUCCUCGCCCCUGGCCUGAAUCCGGAGAAAUUACCAAGUACUUCAACGGUACGGGCACAAUCGCACCACCGGAGCGGGCGCAGGCUAGCGAAGAAACCGAAGGCAAAGAUGGAAGAGACCAGACUCCACAUCAGACGACAUAG